AUGAUCAAAAAGCUUCGCUAUCUCUUGUUGUUCGUUCUUACUUUUUACUCAUUUACAAGCAUUCAGGCUUAUGAUAAUAUAACGCGCGAAUACGAAGAAACUGACUUUCUUUAUUUCGCUUCAGAUCUCACUGACUCUGAAUAUGGCUUUACGUAUCCAAAUGGUACAGGAUUGAUGCAAUUGCUCCAUGAUAAGGAUGAAAACCAUUCUGAGAAAAAUAUAUAUAUACGUCUGAUACAUCCAGACAGCACCUUGACGAAAUUUACCGUGCCUUUAGUUUGCGAUACUGUUACUUGCGUACAGCGUGCUUACCCGCUUAAUGACGGAUACGUGUUUGUAAUGCAGAUACGCGGCGACAAAUUUGUGUAUGGAACAUUGGUUGAUUGGAGCGGGCAGGUGCUACAACGAGAUGUGAUGUUGACUGAUAUUCCUGUCGAUGUUAAAUCGCUACCACUUGCAAAAGUUAACAUCAACCCAGAUAAGAAUUUCCUUGUAGCAACUAAAAGUAGGAAUGCAGUUUUAUGGAAAAUUUUUAGCGCCCCCAAUAACACGGGUCAAAUAAGCCAAUUAUAUGGAGGCAGUCUCACAGGAAAUGACGACAAAAUUCUGAUUGAUCAGCAAAUAUUUCCCACCACAGAAGGUGGUUAUGGCAUAGCCCUUUUAAAAUGUUUACCAGCAUUAGCUCAGAGUCCACUCGACACGAAAAGACCCCUACCGGCUAUGGUUUUGACUAUGUGA